AUGCCCCCCUCCCACCACUGCCCUGCCCCCCCAAUGGCUCAGAGCGAGAGGGAGAGGACGCCACUCCGAACCCCGCGAUGUUUCCUGGGCCACGUUGAAGUCCCUCGGGGUCCGCGGACCGACUCCUCUUGCACACGCACGGAGCAAAGCGAGAAAUUCAUCCAGCCGGAAUAAAACAACAACGGACAAACCCCGACGGUGCCAGGCCCUGACCUCAGUGCCCCAGGGCAUUGUGGGCUUCCAGGCGCGGGUCGGUGGCGGUGCGGCAGCGGCGGUCGGCAGGAGGUGAGAGCGGAGUGGGUCGGGGCGUCCAUGGAGGAGACGGAGCCGCCGGGCGGCGAGCUGCAGCGGCUGCCGUGGUUCGUGGCCGCGUCGCAGGUGCUGGGCCUGCUGUGCGUGGUGCUAGUCGCCGUGUGGACGGCGUACUUCCGCGGCGGCUUUGCCUGGGAGGGCGACCUCCUCUUCAACGUCCACCCGCUCUGCAUGGUCAUCGGCAUGGUGUUCCUCUACGGGGAAGCCAUCCUCAUCUUCAGGAUCUUCAGGAACGAGCCGAAGAAGAGCGUGAAGAUCAUACACGGCAUCGUUCACGUCGGCGCCCUCAUCGCCGCCAUAAUCGGACUGGUGGCCGUGUUCGACUUCCACCAGAUGAAGGGCUACCCGCACCUCUACAGCCUGCAUAGCUGGUGCGGCCUCGGCUUGGUCAUCCUCUACUUCGUGCAGUGGCUGCUGGGGUUCGGCUUCUUCCUGUUCCCGCGGGCGGCGCAGGAGUCGCGCUCCGCCUACCGCUCGCUCCACACCUUCUUCGGCCUAGCGCUCUUUGCGCUCUCCAUCGCCACGGCAACGAUGGGUCUCACCGAGAAGCUGAUCUACGCCAUCGGGGACCGUUACGGCGAGUACCCGGCGGAGGGGAUCCUCGCCAACUGCCUGGGCCUGGCACUGAUCGCGUUCGGCACCGCGGUGGCGUACGUGGUGACGCGCGACGAGUGGUGCUACCGGCGGCACGACGGCGAGGAGGCGCCGCUCUCACUGCACUUCCAGCGGUUCAGCGACGAGCGCGCCGACUGAGCGAGCCGACUGAGCGCACCGACUGAUCCACACGCUCCUGCCUUAGACUCAGACUCCCUCCCCCCUUCCUUCCCUCUCUACCCCCAUCCCUCUGUCCCUUCCCCUCCCUCUCCUCCCCUCCCUUCCCCCCUCCCUCCCCCCUUCUCUCCCCCCCUCCCCCCUUCCCUCCCCCCCUCCCUCCCCCCCAUCCCUCCCUCCCCUGCUCCCCCCUCCCUCAUUCUCCUCCCUCUCCUCCCUCCAUCUCCUCCCUGUCCUCCCUCCCUGCCUCUCCUCCCCUCCCUCCCUUCCCCCCUCCCCCCCUUCCUCCCCUUCCCUCCCUCCCCCCUUCCCUCCCUCCCUCCCCCCUUCCCCCCUCCCUUCCCCCUUCCCUCCCUCCCCUGCCUCGCUCCCCCCCCUCCCUCCGUCUCCUCCCUCUCCUCCCUCCCACACCUCCCCCACCUCCCUCCCUCUUCUCCCUCCCUCCCCGUAGUCACAUUGAUUUUUCUCAGGGUCUCUCCCCCGGUUAUUCCGUCCACAUUUUGAAACAUGCGUCUAAAAUAUUUGGCUGCUAUAAAUUUGCAGGCGAUAAGCCACUUCGUUGAGCAUUUGUGAUCGCCAGGUUGCUUCUAAAAAAAGAACUAUAUAGCUCAGUGGGCCUUACCUGGUAAUAUAAAAAGGUUUUUUUAAUAAACACAAAAUGUUUAUAGUUCAUAGGUUGUGUCCGGGCUCACUGGUUUCAAGUAUCAAAAUAAAAAAAAUCCGAUUAGCACGGUCGGUUAUGUAGAGUGCGAAAGAAGUCCACACAAAAUCAGAACUAUUUAAUUACACUUGAGGAAUCCGAUGAGCUAUAAAGCUUUUUUCUUUUCACAGAUGUCCAGUAGGGAGGGGUCGGAACGUUACGACCAAAAAAAGGCAAAUUUUCGAGCGAGUCAAACCUGUAAAUACGUCUUGAGACUAGGCGGACGACUUUGUUGACAAAUCUUCUUGGUUCUUUCGGUAAAGUCACGUAGAAGGAAAAUGAUAAAUGAUUUUAUUAUUUUCCUUCUACGUGACUUUACCGAAAGAACCAAGAAGAUGAAUCCCUGCAGUCACGAAAGCUUUAAAUUGAAAUUUGUUGACAAAGUCGUCGUUUGUGGAGUCAACGCGACUGGCGUCUGCUUCUUAACGAAGCAGACCGAGGCUCGGGCAGCGGUGGCGCGGGGCAGUGGUCGUGAAACUCGCCCGAGGAAACGCCACAGACCACGGCAUGCCCCCGUGGUGCUUUUGCCUGUUGACCUUCCGAUCAACGCGGGUUAUUUCACGGGGCGCACCGCGAUGCCCGACGUUUCACUCCACGUGCCUGUGCACCGUUGCCAGCGUGGCAACGGCAGCAGAAGCGGCAGUGGCAUCGCCAAACGAUUUGUCAGAUAUUCGUCCGAUUCUCAACAUCAUUUGAGGGCAUUAAAAAAAAAACUGCAGUUGGCAUUUUUAUUUUUUAUUCACGUCAUCAUCAAGGUCUCGAUGCUUACGAUAUAUGUACAAUGUAGCAUGUUUUGGUUUGCAUAUGGUUGUGUUUAUUAGCAGAUUUCCAAUUUAUGACACUGUAAUCAUUCAUUCUGGAACGUAACGUUAGUUGGGACAUACAUGUGAGUGUGUGUAGUGGUUAGCGCGCUGCACUAUGAACCUGGUGACCCGGGUUCGAUUCCCGCUCACGGCCAACACCAGUGACGAUUAUCUGAACCGGUCCUGGGCCUCCCCUAGGUCGACUCAGCCUGAAAUGAGUACCUGGUGCAGUGUAAACAUCGCCACUGGGGAGACAAAGGCGGUCGGGCAUGGUGCUGGCCACCCACCCCCUCGUGUACCGUUCCAGCUUUCAUAGGUGCUCGCUCACAGCACUUGCACCUACAGUCUGUUAAGGCUAUACGGGGGAUCUUUGUCUUUGUAUCUAUAGCCAUUGCGGGGAAGUGCACCUAGCCUGGCACAAGCGCCGUGGUGAUGUCAGCACCACUAAUUCGUGGCACAUUGCGGCUGUUGCUCUUAUAGCGACUGGAGAGCUGAUGCAGUGGUUCACGUGCUGUGCAAUGAACCCGGCAUGUCGAGUUAAGAGUCCUGCUCGCGACAAAGAGCAGUGGCGAAUAUUAUAAGCGAGUGUGGGCCUCCCUUAGGUCGACUCGGCCUUAAAUGAGUACCUUGCGCGGUGUGUAAACAUCAGAGGCGGAGAGACAAAGGCAGCCGGGCAUGGUGUUGGCCACUCACCCACCUCGUGGGGCCGUGUUGGCCUUCAUAGGUGCUGCUCGCUUAACUGCAGUUGAAGGCUAUGUAUUUGGCCCCGUGCUGUCUCUCCUCCUGUGAUUGUGACGAGAUCAUGGGCCGGCUCAAUGUCCCUCCUGUGCCCCUCCUGUGCUAAUCGGAGGUGCGGCAUCAGUUUCGAAUUUCGACGACCAUGGGGUGGCUACGUUGUGUCACGUGUGUUUACCCAAACUGUGCAUGUAACGUUGUAAAAUACAGGAUGUAUGUGAAGGUUU